AUGCCAACAUAUACGACUUUCCACGAUGCUUGGAAUAAUUUUAUCCAAGACAAUCAGGUAUCCCACGCAUCUUAUUCAAUAACUGUUUUGAAUAGUAGCAGUGGCAGUAUCAUAUUUGAACAAAACAAAGAUGUUGGACUCUCACCAGCAUCUACAUUAAAAACAAUAACAACAGCUGCCGCUUUACAUUAUCUUGGAAAAGAUUUUGUUUAUACAACAUUGCUGCAAUACAGUGGAAGCAUCGACAGUUAUGGAAAUUUAGAUGGAUAUAUCUAUAUUGUUGGUAGUGGAGAUCCAACUUUGGGCACUUGGCGAUUCACUGAAACACACGCAGAUACAAUCAUAGCACAUUGGUUAGAUGCUCUUGAACGUGAAGGCAUCAAAAGUUGUCGAGGGAUUGUGGCAGACAUUGGCAUGUGGAAUACUACGCAAACAAUGUUGAAUGAUUGGACAUGGGAAGAUUUCGGGUAA